AUGGACGACACGCCCUGGGAAGAACUUCCACAUGACGACUAUGGCCCGUGGUUACUUGCCACCGUGUGGACACUAAUAGGCAUCGCUGGGGCCUUCAUCGGUCUGCGGAUCUACUGCAAGUUCUCACGGGGAAGGGGACUGUGGCUGGAUGACCAUGUCUUGGUCGCGGCGUGGUGCGCUCUACUGGCUCUAGGAUCCUUCAUCUCCAUCGACGUGUUGUACGACUUUGGCAAGCAUAACUGGGACAUUACACCAGGGAACUGGUCGUGGCUAUUGCUCUACGCCAACCUCUCUGGAUCAUUUUCCAUCAUCGCGGCAGCGUGGAGCAAGACCUCCUUCGCGCUGACUCUGCUUCGCAUCACGCGGGAAUCAUCCGAACGAUGGAUGAAGUUGCUCGUGUGGUUCAUCAUCAUCUCGAUCAACGUCUUCCUCGGCGUCAAUGUUCUCUUCACUUGGAUACAGUGUUGGCCAGUCGAGAAGACAUGGAGAACAGCCUCAACGCCUGGCACCUGCUGGCCGAAGAGCAUCAUGAUGAACUACAACGUAUUCACGGCAUCGUAUUCUGGCGGAAUGGAUAUCGUUCUCGCCAUUUUGCCUUGGAAAAUUAUAUGGGGACUGACAAUGACCAAAAGAGAGAAAUUUGGUGUUCUGAUUGCGAUGAGUAUGGGCGUAUUUGCUGGGGCUGUGUCAUUCAUCAAGAUCCGAACGAUUGCUGCGAUUGGAGCCUUCGACAUUAUUGAUACUGUUGAGUUGGUGGUUUGGGGUGCAGCAGAAAGUGUUGUGACCAUCAUAGCUGCAACCAUACCGAUACUGCGGGCCUUAAUUCGAGAUCACAAAGCACCGCCCGCUCGAUUCGCCAGCGACGAAGAGAGCAUGUUGCGUCGUCUAGGGGCAGCUUCACUGGCAACGGCCGCCGCAGCGAGUCCGGGUGUAAGGAGAUCAAGAUCUGAUCUUGAGUUAGUAGAAUGGAAGGACCCCAUGACUGAGACCCGUGGGGAUAAGUAUAGGCAGGUCCAGCGGCCUUGGAAAGUUAAGGAUGUUAAGUUGGAGCCAAAGAGAGGAGACGUAAUUACAGCACCUAAUGCUUUAAGACGAGGUCAUGAUGGGAUGGAGUAUAGUGGUUCUAUGGAGUUAUCCAGGAGAUUGGGAUAG